GAGUCCGAUAAGCUAGUACGUCGUGUUCAGUCGAGUUUAAGAUGAGUUUAGACUGUUGUGCCCAUGUUGUGUCAAAGUAGUUAUAAAAGGCAUAUGAGACGAAUUACUGUGUUGCGGCAUAGCUGUUAUCAUUAGAAAACGUUGUUUAGAACAUUAUGUGGGCUGGCGGGCCUGCUCACCCGCCUUCGUCUUCCAGAACUCAGGUAGAGCGCUUAGAAUUGACACCACGCAGGUCAUCAACACAACAGCCAUAUGCCCGAACUGCGUAUUCAGUUCUACCUACGCGGAAUUCACGGCAAGAAGCGAGUUCACAAUACUUAGACUCUUCUUAUUUUUUUACUAAUUGCAUUUUAUCGUGGACUCCAACAUUCGGUCAUACUUUUCUAAGACAUCACCUCUCUGUCCAAAUGCCACUAGAACCUCGUAGCACCUCUAGGGAGUAUCGAAGAAUGUAUCGUAGAUAUCAGAAUCCCUCUCGACCCCAGAGUCUCAGCGAGCGCAUGCACAGAUACAGGCCAAAUUUGGCUUCGCUACAAGAAGAAGAAAGCAUGGAGCAGAGAUCUAACACAGAAACUCAAGAGAGGCCUAGAUUGGUUGCAAAAAGGCGUGCACAACAUCGGACAGCAUAUUCAAAUCCUAUAAUAAAUGGUCAUGAUCAUCAACUUCAGAUUAUCGCAUCUAAUGAACGGACAAGAUAUCCGAGCAGCUUUACUCAGUGGCAAGCAGACGAGCCGCAGAUUAUAAUUACAUCGGACGUCCAAAUGCAAACAGAUGACAGUGAACCAAUGUAUGAACUUACACUGACUGUAAAUUCGUCAGUUCAGUCUGCGGCUACUUUGUCGUCUUCAGGUCCUCAAGCCACACAUGGUGCAUGGACGACCAUUGGAAGACGGGUGUGUUCAUCAUCGGCUAUAGAAAAUACCAACGGUACACUUGAUAUCUUCCGCGAGCCUGUCGACCGUGCAAUAUCUGGUUAUCAAAGCAUACAUAACGGCUAUCCCACGAGCAAUGUUACUGAUCGAGCCACGCAAAUAUCUCCAGAACCCUAUGAAAAUACAGAACAUCCUGUUCAUGGAAAUCCAGGAAUAAUAAAUUCAUUCCGAGAAAAUUCCAAUACAGUUAACUUAAAUUCGGAAAAUUCGGAGGUAAUUAAUUUAGAUACAGAACUCUCUCCUGUAGAUCAAAUUCCUGAAAAUCCAGGUACAAUAGAUGUGACUUCUAAAAAUCAGGAGCCUAAAUGUUGUUCCUCUAAGUCCGUGGAUGUUAAUCUUUUAAGUGCGCCUACGUACGUGUCUUACCAAUAUGCUCGGUCAUCUAUUCUGUAUCUGCCGGCUCCUACCUUAGAGUCUCGACAAGUUGCAAACAGAGUAAUCAAGCAUGCAAGAAACAAUAAAACUCUUGAUGAGAAGGCUUUACAUUGCUUGAAUUGUGAUUUUUUUCCUGUCUUACCGGUUACUGGACAAUGUGGGCACACGCGGUGCACGAAAUGCAUUCAAAGCAAUGGUCCGUGUCCUUGCGGUGCAGAAGCUCCGAAAAGUUUGCACGUUAACACAGUAAUCCAGUACUUGAUGAGAAAAAUGUUACCUGAAGAUGUAUCACGAAGGGAAACGUUCCCUGGACCCCGUGUUACAAGUAAUGAGCCCACAGAAGCUGCAGCAUCACAAACAACAGAUGCAAUGUGUUCGAAACCAAAAAAAUCCAGGCGACGUGAUCAUUCUCGGUCUGGUCGUAGCGGGCUGGUCUCUUUGAGAAUUCGUGCUACCUAUCCAAAUAUCAACGAACGUAUGCCGAUGUCACCACAGAUCCAGUUUGAGUAUGCACGUCAGAUGUUAUCUUUGGGUCGGUACCGUGACGCGGCGCCACACUUCGCUCGAGUUGCAGUUUCCUCCGGACCCCUGGCUUACACCGCAAGGACACUAUUGGCACAGAUAAUUGUCGUUCUCGCUGAAGGUCGGGAUCCUCGUCGCAUUACCCGCGAUCUCUUCAGAUCGGUACGUCUCCAAUCGGCCGCCAGCUGGAUCCGACCGAACGAUCUGGAGUGUGUGCUAUGCUAUCAGACGUAUAUUAAACCGGUCACCACUCCCUGUGGUCAUACUUAUUGCAGGACUUGCAUCGAACGGGCGCUCGACUAUAGGAAGAGCUGCGCUUUGUGCUUGAGGUCACUGGAUGACUUUGAUCUGUCAACGACUCACGAGACGACAUUCGUCAAAGCCGCAUUGGACGCAAUUGAUGCAUCCAAACCGCCAUUACCAUUAGAUCCUGACGUCAUACCUAUUUUUGUUUGCACCGUUGCAUACCCAUCUAUUCCGUGUCCGCUGUUUAUCUUCGACCCGCGCUAUUGGCUUAUGAUACGGCGCGUACUGGAGUCAGGCUCGCGGAAAUUCGGCAUGGUGGCUUACGAGAGAAAUAAGAACUAUUCUGACUAUGGAACGGUUUUAGAGGUUUGCGACUGUGUCCAUUUGGAAGAUGGACGAUCUUUUCUCUCCACUGUCGGUGUUUCCCGCUUUAGGGUUAUCGAGAGAGAUGUAAGGGAUGGAUGUGACGUCGCUCGUAUCCAGCCGCUGACAGAUAUUACGCCAACAGACGAAUUCGUCAUGUUGGAAAUGCGUCUAAUGGGCUCGCAGAUCUUAUGUAAAGCUCUGAUGUGGCUGAACAGUAUGAACGAGACUGUGCGACAAGAGAUAGAGAACUCAUUCGGACAGAUCCCUCGCACCGAGCACGUGCAAGAGAACUGGUGCUACAGUCCCGAUGGUCCCGCUUGGCUGUGGUGGCUUAUUGCUAUAUUACCACUGCGCUCCGAAAUAAAGAUUCUGAUUCUUUCAACGAAGAAUCUCCUCAAGCGCAUGAUGGCAGUCUCCCGUACCCUAGACGCCAUAGAUCAGGUGGCUAUAACUACUACUGCGACAUCGGAAUGCGAGAUCCGAAGCGCCCUAACCAACGCCGACGAAUGGCUCGAGAGAGGCUCUUGACUACAAGUGCAUUUGGCCAACAUUGGCAGGAUGCCCGAUUAGGUGACCCUGAAUAUCGGCGCAGGCCCGGAUUUUAUAUAAUCACAUUUUAACAGUGUACGAUAGUUUAAUUUUGUUUGGGGAUUUUGAAGCAUGUCCGUCUCAUCGUAGCCUAUAAUGUGUAUGAAGAGAUUUGUAAAGGUCGUUUUUUUUUAUUGUAAAAAGGUACUCUUUAAUGAUGAUUUAGGCGUCCCCCUAAAAAUGGCACCCGGGAGAGGCGCUGCUCCCACUUACCCCUCCCUAGAUCCGGGCCUGUAUUGGCGGGUAAUAUGGUAAAGGGGUAACUGAGAAAUCACCAUUUUUUCAGUUGGUUUCAGUCUUUAAUCUCCCGAUAGUUAAAGUUCAAGAUUGAUUGCCGAGAAUUGAACUUUUGUAGAAACUUAAUAUGCUGUUUGUGUGUACUGUAAGAACAUCCAAUGUGAGUUUUAAACUCCUUUGUUUUGCAUCAAUUUGAGUUUAUAAUGCUCUACCAGCGCCAUUUAGUAGAAUACGUAGCAUGCCUUCUGUAUAUUGUAUACCGAAGUAAAUCUUUACCAUCGAUUGAGUUAAAAAAGACUCGAAGCUAUUUUUACAAUGAGGUUACUCACAUUAUAAUGUUUUCUUGGUAAAGUUUAAUGUAAUGUCUUUUUCAUAGUUGAUUGUAACGAAUUUUCAUUGGUUUUUUUUUACCGGAAACUGUGCAAAAGACAUUACUAGUUUUGUAUCUCUUUAAAGUGAGUAGAAGACACAUAUAUUUAAGCUUGUAAAUGUGUAGGAAUUUAGCGUUUAUGGCAGUAUAAUAUCUCUUUUUAAGUAUAUUUUAUCUAUGAAGAGUAUUUACUGAAAGCUGCAGUAUGAGUAGCAAUGUUCGAAAUAUUAAAAUAAUAUAGGGUCUUAUGCGCUAAAUUAAAACAAAAAAUUGGUAAUUGGCUAUAGUAUAGUUCUUAAUGUCUAUUGUAAAUAUUUUUGAACAACCUAACGUGUAUUUCAGUAAUUCGGACAUUGUUAUUGAAACACGAAUAGAGCAUGACGUCGCAUCAAACAAAAUCAAACGAAAGUUCUAUCAAAAUUUCUAAUAAAUUCGUCUCUUUAUUAAAUAAAAUUUUAUCUAACCGAUAAGUUCAAUAUUGAUAAUAACUACGACUUAAAUUG